CGACGGCGGAGGUGAAAUCGAACGGGAUUUACCAUCGUCGAAGAAGGGUAACGCAUCGAGACGGUGGGAGGGGGAGGCGAGAAGGAUGGACAAUGAUGUAGAAGCGCGCCACUGCCUAUCGGCGUGUUUUCUUCGGCAGUUCUCCGAGUGCUCACAGAAGCGAUCGUUCGGUGUCGUCGAUCGUCAGCCGUUGUUUGCAUAG